UUUCCAAGCCAUUUUGGCUAGUGUACAUGUAUACCCGUACAUAUAGACGCUGAAAUGAUUAGGGCAGAAGGGUCUGUUUGUUGCUAAAGUAAAGGGACAUUGGGUACGUUAUAUUUGAUCAAAAUUUGUAUUGGUGGGUGCAUUCGUGAUGAGAAAUUAGGGUUGAGUUUGGGGACAAUUGGAUCAAAAUCUUGUCCUAAAUCUCAUGGCAUAAAAAAUUGGAUAAUAAUAUUAAUAAUAAUAAUAAUGUCGUCGUCGUGGUCGGGUGGUAAUCAUAGUCAUAAUCAAGAUGAUCAACGUAGUAGGCUGGAGGAAAUGCUCGAGUCCCUCCAGCAAAGGGAGGAGAGUGAGAAGGCCAAGGACUUGCCACCAGCACUGCCGUCCCGCCCAACAUCUAGGGCUCGCCGCCCAUCUUCUAAACACCCCCCUCCCCGUACUAAAUUUGAUAUAUCAGACUCUACAAUUUUUACUACCACUCCUCCUAGUCGUAGUGUUAAAAAAAAGGUAGAGGUUAAAAGAAGACCAAGAGAUGGUAGUUUUGGUGGCAAAAAACCCAAGGAAGCCGGUCCUGACGAAUCUCCUUAUGUUUCUUUGUCUUUGGAAAAUAUUGAUUUUCAGCAGUCUGUCAUAGACAAGGAUAAUAACAACCCCCACCCCCCCACGGCUUCACACUCCUCUUCUUUGCCUAGGUUCAGAGAGUCUGAGUUAAAUGACAAUCUCGGUUAUUUCAUUAAAAAGAAACUGCGAGUUUGGUGUCAACUGCAAAAUGGACAAUGGGAAUCAGGGCAGAUACAAUCAACUUCUGCAGAAACAGCGUCUGUGCUGCUUGGGAACGGAAGUGUGGUGACAGUGGGUACAAGAGAACUGUUACCUGCAAAUCCUGACAUCCUUGAGGGUGUAGAUGAUCUAAUACAACUCAGCUAUUUGAAUGAGCCGUCAGUUCUUCAUAACCUUCAAUGCAGAUAUGCACAUGAUACGAUUUAUAGUAAGGCUGGACCUGUUCUAAUUGCAAUUAAUCCCUUUAAGAAGGUCAAACUGUACGGUCAUGAUUAUGUCGUAGCUUACAGGCAGAAGCUUCUGGAGAACCCUCAUGUUUAUGCCAUAGCUGAUACUGCCUAUAGUGAGAUGAUGCGAGAUGAAAUUAAUCAAUCUUUAAUAAUAAGCGGUGAAAGUGGAGCUGGGAAAACAGAAACAGCAAAAGUUGCUAUGCAAUACCUGGGUGCUCUUGGUGGUGGUAGUGGUGGUAUAGAGCGUGAAAUCCUUCAAACAAGCAACAUAUUAGAAGCAUUUGGUAAUGCAAAAACUUCUAGAAAUGACAACUCCAGUCGAUUUGGGAAACUAAUUGAGAUUUAUUUUGGUGCUGCGGGGAAGAUAUGCGGUGCUAAAAUUCAGACCUUUCUUCUUGAAAAGUCGAGAGUAGUUCAGCUGGCACAUGGGGAGAGGUCUUAUCAUAUCUUCUAUGAGCUUUGUGCGGGGGCAUCAUCUGUUCUCAGAGAGAAGCUAAACCUGAAAGCUGCAAGUCAGUACAAAUAUCUUAAUCAGAGCAGUUGCUUGGCAAUUCACAAUAUCGAUGAUGCUCAGAAAUUUGCACAACUUAUGGAAGCCUUAAAUACAAUUCAUAUGUCUGAAGAAGAUCAAGGGCAUGCCUUCGAAAUGCUUGCUGCAGUAUUAUGGAUGGGAAACAUAUCAUUUCAAGUUGACAGUGAGAAUUAUGUGGAGGUUUUGGAUGAUGAAGCAUGCGAGAGGGCUUCUAGCUUGCUAGGGUGCGAUUCGCAGGACCUCAUGUCAGCUUUAUCAACCCGUAAAAUCCAAGCUGGGAAGGAUACUGUUGCUAAAAAAUUGACACUGCAGCAGGCAAUUGAUACAAGAGAUGCGUUGGCAAAAUUUGUAUAUGCAAGUUUGUUUGAUUGGCUUGUAGAGGAAAUCAACAAGUCACUUGGAAAGGGUAAACAACAAACUGGGAGAUCCAUAAGUAUCUUAGAUAUUUAUGGAUUUGAGUCAUUCAAGAAAAACAGCUUUGAACAAUUUUGUAUAAACUACGCAAAUGAGAGAUUGCAGCAGCACUUUAAUCGCCAUCUAUUUAAGCUUCAGCAAGAGGAGUAUGAGUUGGACGGAAUUGAUUGGACAAAAGUAGAAUUUGUAGACAACCAAGAGUGCUUGGAUCUAUUUGAGAAGAAGCCCAUUGGAUUAAUUUCUCUGUUGGACGAGGAAUCAAAUUUCCCAAAUGGUAGUGAUCUGACAUUUGCCAAUAAGCUGAAGCAACAUUUGAGUGAUAAUCCUUGCUUUAAAGAAGAAAGAGGUGGCGCUUUCAGUAUUCGCCACUAUGCUGGAGAGGUUCUGUAUAACACUACUGGUUUUUUGGAGAAGAACAGAGAUCCAUUGUACCCUGAUACUAUCCAGCUACUUUCAUCAUGCGGUAGCCAGCUUCCUCACUUGUUUGCCUCCAGCGUGCAGAACCAAGCUCGAAAACCAUUAAGUCAUGGCUUGGGUGCAUCAGAGUUACAUAAAAGAAGUGUUGGGACAAAGUUCAAAGGCCAAUUGUUUAAAUUGAUGCAGCAGUUGGAGAAUUCCACACCUCACUUUAUCCGCUGUAUUAAACCAAAUUCUAAACAGCUUCCUGGCAUAUAUGAAAAGCAUCUUGUUUUAGAGCAACUUCGAAGCUGUGGAGUACUGGAGGUAGUCAGGAUAUCAAGAUCUGGAUAUCCUACUCGAAUAACACAUCAAGAAUUCGCUGAAAGGUAUGGCUUCCUUCUUUCCGAGUUUGGUGUCUCUCAGGAUCCACUAAGUAUAUCAGCCUCCGUUCUACAGCAGUAUGGUGUACAACCUGGAAUGUAUCAAGUUGGUUAUACAAAGUUAUAUUUCCGAGUAGGACAGAUUGCUGCAUUAGAGGAAACUAGGAAACAAGUUUUGCUAGGUACCCUUAAGGUGCAGAAAUGCUUUCGUGGUCAUCAGGCUCGUCGUUGCUUCAUGGAACUGAAGAAAGGGGUGAUAACAUUGCAAUCAUUUGUCCGUGCUGAAAUUGUAAGAAGGGAGUACAGUAUUAUGAUAAAUUUGAGGCAGCAGGUCGCAAAAAGACUUGAUGAUCAAUCGAUUGCUGCUCUUCGAGUGCAAUCUGUAAUACGUGGCUGGCUGGUCCGAAAGCAUUUAAACCGUUUGCAGAAUUUGAAAAAACUGGAUUAUGACAGUUUAAGUAAAGGCAAACAGGAGUCUAGGAUUUCUAAAGUAAAGCAGGACAUGCCACAACAGAGUAACCAAAAUUUGCCUUGGGCUGUGGAAGUGCUUCAAAAGCGAGUUUUUAAGGCAGAAGCAGGCCUUCGGAAAAAGGAACAGGAAAACACAGCACUCAUGGAAAAAGUGAAGAAGUACGAAGUGCAAUGGGUGGAAUAUGAAGCUAAGAUAAAAUCAAUGGAGGAAAUGUGGCAGAAGCAGACAACAUCUCUGCAAAUGAGCCUUGAUGCAGUAAAAAAGAGUCUUCUUUCUGACAAUGCUUCUGAUCAACCUGGAAGACGAGAUGGUUCACCGUUACAACUUUGUUCCGAUUCGGAAGAUACAUCAUUGGAAACUCAGACUCCAAGUGGAAGCACUCCGACCAAAUCCAGGAACCCUGUUUUGGGGACUGAACCAACACACCAGUACGUAAAUGCAAUUAGCAAACUGGUCAAAGAAUUUGAGGAACGGUCAAAGAACUUUGAUGAUGAGGCCCAAGCUAUUAAUGAGGUCAAUUCAAGGCAAUCGACCUCAACAAAUCCUGAUGAAGAGCUCCGAGCCCUGAAACAGAAAUUUGAUACUUGGAAGAAAGAAUACAAUGCUCGGUUGCGGGAGACCAAGGGAAAGCUUCAUAAGCAUCCUGAAGUUGAAAGACACCACCACCACCACCACCACCACCACCACAAAUGGUGGCUAGUGCGAAGUAAAAAGUUUAAAUAGAAGGGGUACAACAGAAGCAGUUGCUGAGCUGCGUGUGGACAGAGCAGAGCUAAAUCUGUGAAGGAGAACUACAUAAACUUCUGUUAACAGGCGGAAGGAAAAGUUCGAUGGCCUAUGAUGGUGAAAAGGGAACAAAAGAGUGUAUGCUUCUGCUUUCUUCUUUUGUGGAGUUGUUCUCCAGAGCUAUGAAAAUACUAAGGAAGCAGUUGCUCAGUAAUUACUGUGGAAAGGUGGUAGAGAAAUGUACAUAUCCCCUCUCCUUCUCUGUACUUGCGUCAUAUAAUUGAAAUAUAGACUAAAUUGCAAAGCGUGUACUUGUAGUAUUGGCUUUGUGCAAUUUGUAUACCUAAACUAAGGUAAGUAAGUUAGAGAAAUGUACAUAUCCCCUCUCCUUCUCUGUACUUGCGUCAUAUAAUUGAAAUAGGGUUAUAUAUCAAACAGACUACCCAUACCGUCAAAAUAUUUCACUUUAGCCAUCCAUCUCAUCGGAGACCCGUUUAAGCCACUAUAAAUCAAAUAUAUAUUAUUUUACCCACUUCACUAUUCAUACCUCUUUACUUAAUCAUUUAUAAAAAAUCAACCGUUUGUUUUUUUACUACAAAACCACUUCGAGUACCCUCGUAAUUGUCUCUAGUAUUUAUCAAAAAUAAUUUGGGAAUUAAUAAAGCAAGAUAGCUAUGUAUUUAAAAAAAUAUUUAGUUAUAAAUAUAUAUUUAUGUGAUCACCCUAAUUAUGUUUCUUUAGAAAAUUUUAAAUUAUUUUGAUAAAUACCAGAGACAAUUACGGAGGUACUCGAAGUGGUUUUGUAGUAAAAAAACAAACGGUUGAUUUUUGAUAAAUGAUUAGGUAAAGAGCUAUGAAUAGUGAUGCGGGUAAAAUGAUAUAUAUUUGGUUUAUAGUAGCUUAAACGAGUCUCCGAUGAGAUGGGUGGCUAAAGUGAGAUAUUUUGACGUUAUGGGUGGUCAGUUUAAUAUAGACUAAAUUGCAAAGCGUGUACUUGUAGUAUUGGCUUUGUGCAAUUUGUAUACCUAAACUAAGGUAAGUAGCAGAAAGCAUGUUGAACUAAGGGAAGCAGUGCAAGGUGUGUGCUGCCGAUAGUUUUUGAUUAAUGUGUCAGUUUUUGUCCUCUGCACAGUACAUAGAAACAGCAACUUUGCACCAAUUUUGUCCCUCCAUCUCUCUGCCAUCACCAACUCCGUCUUCACUCCAUCAUCACCACCUCCGUCCUUUCUCUUUCCCUCCCCUGAUCUUUUUUCGACGAUCUCUCUCUCUCUCUUAAUCUCGUGAACGAUUAGACUCUGUCAUGGAUUAUAAUGUUGUUAAAGUUUUGAUAUACCCGUUGACAUAUUUAUAAAUAUUGAUGAUUUCUGUUGUAUAAAUUAGUGAUAUGCGCUCCAGAAAUUAGUGAUAUUCUCUUUAGAAUUUAGUGAUUUGUGUUGCGAAACUUGGUGAAAACUCCCAGCAACUGGGGAAAAUCUGCAGAUUUGUUCUUGUACAUGAUUCUGGUGGUGAUGGAGGUGGUGGAGAUGGUGGCGGUGGAGAUGAAUGUGGUGGACAUGGAAGGAAUUAAUGGAGUAACAAUUUCAGCAGAUUCAAUAGGGUGCUCCGUUUGGUAAAUAGACAGAAUUAAGUCUUUAAAAUUGGUAGUAAUGCGGGGAAGAUGAUGGAGGUGAGGACGAUGGUGGUGGAGGUGACGCAGCUGGAGGUGGUGGAGGAGAAGGUGGAGGUGGGUUGGAUUCAUUGAUUGUAGAUACAGUAGAGGUGAACAUGGAGGGGUGACGGACAUGGAGGGGCGGCGGGCAUAGAGAGGCGGCAGACAUGAAUGGGGCGGCGGCAUAAAGUUGCUGGAAGUGAAGGUGGAGGCAGGCUGGGUUGGAGGAGAAGGUGGGGUUGUGGGAGAAUUUAGUGAUAUUCUCUUUAGAAUUUAGUGAUAUUUCAGGUGAGUUUUUAGUUUGUUGAAUAAAGAGGUUCGUAGUGGGAUAGUAUUCUAUAUAAAUUAAAUAACUACUAACUUAUUACAUAAGUAAAUAGCGACGGACCGAACAAACUUUUUUUAUAUUUUGAUUUUAAUAGUACUAACUUAUAUCUCGUGUAAAAGUGCAGAACGUGUAACUUUUAAUAUAUUUAUUUUCGAUUCAAUUUUAUUUUUAU